UGAGCGGUGACUUGUCAUGCAAAUUGUGCCCUUAUGCAAGUGUUGGCAAGUCACAUUUGACAAGUGUCAACCCAACAAAAAGACUUUGACGAAGCUGAACCAGUCCACGCGCGUGAGAAAUGGCACCGGAGGCUAAAAGCAGAGCGAGAGGGGGAGGAGGAAGAAGCGGCAAAGCCACAGAUUCCGGUGCUGCAGCUGCCGUGGCCAGCGCAGUUGACCUCCUGCUAGAGAUCCUGAUGCGCCUCCCGGCAAGACCCCUUCACCGAUUCAAAUGCGUAUCGAAACAAUGGUACUCUCUCAUCUCUGACCCCCAAUUUAGAAUCGAUUACGUCCAAAAGAACCCUAAUCAUCUUUUGGGUUUGCUGCUGAUUAUUCAAGGUCCAUACUCUGAAUUUUCGUUCAUUUCCCUUGGAGGCUGUGGCCAAAUUGUUAAAGACCCAAAGUUUUUAAGCACCACCAAUCUCAAAAUUCAUCAUUUCUGUAAUGGGUUGAUGUGUUUUUCCAAGCCUCACAAGGAUUCACCUCAGUUUACUUCUUAUUAUGUUUGUAAUUCUGCUUCCGGGCACUCGAAAAGAAUUCGGGUUCUUGAGAGCUCGACCAGAAAGAGAUUGAUGGCUGUUAAUGUGGCUUUUGAUCCUUCAAAGUCACCCUUCUACAAUGUCGUUUUUGUUAGUGAAGAAUCCGGGUCGGAACUGAACCAUCUGAUCAAAAUUGAUAUAUACUCAUCCGAGACCGAGGCUUGGAGACCCAGCAGCAAGGGGCUGUACAUUGUGCCUUACGAUGUGGAUUUUGACAAUGGGGUUUACUGGAAUGGGGCAAUUUAUUGGUACCAUCAAAGGAAAAACUCUUUGGCGUAUUUUGAUUUGGAUACCGGUUGCCUUGAAAGAUUACGAAUGCCACUGCUUUCUCUGGGAUCGUAUCCCAUGGUUUUCGACCAUUUUGGAGAAUCAGGUGGCCAUCUGCAUCUUGUUGGGAUCUGCAGUCCAAGGACUACUCUGUUCACUGUGUUUGAAUUGCAGCAGGAUAGGUCCGGUUGGUUUGUGAAGUGUAAUGGUGAUUUGGAUGCCGUAGCAGCUGCUUUCCCAAAGAUGGUUACCCUUAAACCCAGUAACCCUUAUGUGUUUUCUGCAGUGAGCCUUGUUAGAGAAGAAAAAGAAGAGGAACUGAGUAUUGUGCUAACGAUACCUGGGAGUGUGGUCAGAUAUGAUGUCAAGCAUAAGACAUCAAGGAAGCUCUGUGAUCUUCCAAAAGGCUGUAUGUUCAAUGACUUUAUGGCUAUACAGAGGAGGGUUAAGGCGCAUCAAUACAUUGAGACCCUUGAUUCCAUCUGAAAGCAGUGCUUCUCUGGUAUCUCCUCUAUCCACCUUAUCUCUAUAUAAAGAUGCUUUGGCAGUGUUUCUGUUUUAUACAUGUGACCGGGUUGUAGAUUGGAAAAUCAAAACUGUUGCAAAGAAGUUUAGUUGAAGUAUAUUGCUUUCUAAUGAACUGAGAUUAAGCAUGCUUGUUGCGUCUAAUUUAGAGCCUUCAAGGCUUGAGCAUAUUUAUGACCAUGUUGAAAUGUUUAAUAACUAUGUGACCGAGGCUCACUGCUAUUUCCCAACACCUGUAAAAUAGAUUUAUGAAUGGAAUUAAAUAUGCAGUAUUUACAGACCAAAGUAUUUGGUUAUUGGGGAAAACUCAAUAUACUUCUGAUGUCGAAUCAGGAUUGUGUGUUCCUUAUAAUAAUAGAUGCAUAAGAUUUGUUUCUUAGAA